UAUUAAGACGAUUAUAACACAACACUUUAAGCACGUACGUUUGGAUAAGAAGAAUUCUCAAAACAUCUGACAUUUAGAAAAUUUUAAAGCCUUAGUUAGUGUUUUGACGUGUUCAUCAUCAGAAGAUGACACUAAAGACAAGAAAAAUUCUUGUCCUCCACUAUUUUAUUUUUCUAAUUGUUCUCAAUUACACUGAAGCAAAAAAUUCCGAUUGCAAAAAUACAUUUUUGGAAAUUAUGCUGGAACUCUGUCAUGGCUCACGGCUCACAAGAGAAGUACAUAUUCCAAGGGAUAAAUACGUUCUGGAAAAGUUCCACAGGAGAAAGAGACAAUCAACGGAUGUUCAUUUUCAAGAUAGAUUGACAACAUUGCAGUUCAUGAAAUUGCCAAAAGAAGUGGGAAUUGAUUUUAUUCUCAAUGUAACUGAUGCAGAAACGGAGGACAUUAUUGGCGAGUAUUAUUCAAGAGUUCCAAGAUCGUCAUUCACCAAACAAGAAUUAAUGGAUAAAGUAGCUAAAUGUUGUAGCAAUGUAGAAUACUGUAGAAAAAAUCCACGUCUUGUAUGUGACAAGGCAUAUGAAUACAGUUAACUUAAUCAUGCUCAAAAUAAUUAAAAAUAAAAUCUUAGAGAAUUAUAAUAAUAAUAAUAAUAAUUUAUACCUAUAGUACAAAACGAAGAACUUGAUACAAUUAUUUAUAAACAAAAACAUGCAAUUCGAGAAUACUGGGGAUAAUUAAAGAAUAUAAUAACAUAGAUUAAUUUAUUUAUUUGUAUUACUAUAUUAUUUGUAAAUAAAUAAACUUUUAGUCAAUAUGAAUAUUAAAUAUUUUCCAAAGAUUGCUUUGAAAUUUUCUGAGUGUACUCUUAAAUACAUGUAUGUUACGAAAAUGCAAUUAAAAAAAAAUCGAUUUUUUCAAAA